ACGCUGAACGAGAAAGCAGGUCAAGGUCGUCACAGCGGCUCGAUGAUGUGGCCGGGAGGAGAAUUCGCCUACCAAGGGGUGACACCCACCCACGCCGUGCGCUACGACCAGUCCUUCGACUGGAACAAACGCGUGGACGUAGCCAUCUCGUGGUUCCUCAACGAGACCGCACCGGCCAACCUGGUCAUGCUCUACUUCGAGGAGCCGGACUUCAUCGGCCACCGGCACGGUGUCGACGACCCCUUGUUCAGGGACGAGAUCCGCCACUGCGACCGGACGGCCAAAUACCUCCAGGAUCAACUCGAGGCCCACAACCUCCACGACAAGGUCAACGUGUUUCUUCUCAGUGACCACGGCAUGGUCUCCGUCGCGCAGGACCGGAUAAUCGAUCUCAACAAAUUCGCCAAUUUCUCGCGCUGCGACGUCGUCGGAACGUCUCCCGUCAUGCAGAUCAGUGCUCUCGCCUCGUUGGACCCGUUCACCAAAAGAUCUGUGCUCAACAAGACAUUCGGAGAUCUGAAAUUCGCCGAGAGGAGUAAUGGGCAUUUCAAAGUUUACAUGAGGGACGAUAUACCUGACAAGUUCAACUACAAGCACAACUCCCGGGUCUCUGAUAUCCUGGCUGUCGCGGACGUCAAUUACGCCUUCCAAGAUCUGUACAAGACGAUCGAAUAUUAUCGAACGAAAGAGAAUCAAACCAUUACCCCGAGCAGUGAAUUCGGGGUGCACGGCUAUAGCAACUUCGAGCCGUCCAUGUUCCCGUUCUUCACGGCGCACGGCCCCGCCCUCAAGCGGAACGUGACCGUCCCCCCGUUCGACAACGUGGACCUCUACCCCUUGUUCGCCUACAUCCUCCGGCUCCCCCUCCCGCAUAGGACCCCCCGCUACCAGCUCCGGGGGACCCUGGACCACGUCUCCAGCAUGCUCGCCGCCUCCAUGCCCUCCUUCGGGCUCUCCACCCUCACCAUCGAGUUGCUGUCCUUCGUCCUAUUCAUGCUCAUGCUAUGUGCGUCCGUCAUAGCUCUCAGUUUUUGGAACAAUAUGAUUUGCAGACGAAAUAACCCCAGAGAGGGCUAUGAGAGGAGCGGACUUGCCGAGGAGAGGGAGUCGUUAAUCAAAGUGGCUCCAUCUACCAGUGAAACCUCGAACCUAGACUCGAGUUCCAAUAUAUUCCAAUUGGAUCCCUCCGAAUUGACGGUCGAAACUCGUCCCUUGGAUCUAGGAUCCGCCUACGAUGUAUCGAACUCUCUGCUACCGCGGUGAUGUUCCAUGGAGGAAGGGAAUUUCCAAGACUGAAUACAAAUGCAUUUUUCCUCUCAGGUGUCUUGAAAUAUGUGUUCGACUUUAGCCCUGGAUGUCUAAGACUGACUUAAUAUGCUGGAAGAAGCACCCGAAUGAGAAAAAACACUGAAUACGGCUCCAAGAGUUCGCGAAAAAUAUUUCUGACGAGUCUGGCGGAAACAUCUAAAAAUAUAUCACACGCACCCAAGCGCCAUCCCAUGAGAGGGUGGUGUCAAGCACCUGUGGUGGAAUGAGCCCACUUCGUGGGCCUCAAAUAGAUUACAACGAAGCAAACGUUCGAAGACAACGGUGUUUUCAACUUUUAGGCCUCUAAAGACCCAAGAAAAACAUUACAUUGCACGGACAUGACAGUAUUUAAGCAUCUUUAAAUAAGAGAUAGCUCGCUUUUAUCUGGUUAACUUUUAUUUUCGUCGUGUGAUUUUAGAUUGUAUUAUGUUAAGGCAUCCUCCUCUUUUUCACUGUUUUGCCCUCCUAGCAGCUCAAUAUUAGCAAUGUUUGGUAGUCAGCUUGGUUGGACUACAUUUUGCAAUUUAGAACUACAAUUUCUGGCUCAGUUUAAAAACGACGUAUGUAGCAUUAGUUUCCCUAUGCACUUAAGUGUUUUUCCGAAUGAGCUAGAGAGUGUAGCUCCUAAUUGCAAAAUGUAAUCCAGUUGAGUACUAGCUCUUUUUUUUGAAAGACGAGCUGCUUCUGUCAAAGACGAAUGUUCCGCCGUUAGUUCAGGUGCUGCGUUAAGCGCACAAAAAUAGAAACUGCACGUCAAGUGGCUUUCGUAUGUUAUCCGCGGUGGGUUUGAGUCGGCAAUCGACUUACAACCAUUUCCCGUGACAAGGCAUUAUAAGAUCACUCGAUUGUAUUUUUUACAAUUACUACAAAGUCAAUUAGUAUUAAGAGGUAAGUUCCAGAAUGUUUUCACUCAUACAGUCGAUGAAGAUAAUGAUGUGUGCUAAGCGUCUCAUAUUUGUCAGCCUUCAUGAGACUUUUGACUAGCCGAAGAAGAAUACGCACCGCUUUUCUUUUUAUGGAGAUGCCAAUGAUCUGAUGAUUUUUUUAUUAGAGAAGAGAUCACAAUAAGAAGCGUGCUCACAAGCCUCUUGAGCCUUAGUUCGUUCCAAGUAACCACGUAAAAUAGGAAAGAGAUUUCAUACCGUGCCUGACUCUGGCACCUCUUUAGAUAUAGUAAAAAACUCGAGCUGAUGCUCAUAGUCAAUUUGUAAAUGUUUUAUCACACUGCACACAUUUUAUUCCGGAAAAAGACGAAUGCUUUAUUUUACGCUUGAUCUCAUUGUCUUGAAUCUCAAGGUGUAUUUUAGCCAAACGUGUAUUCGUCAUAUUUUUAAUAUUUUUUUAAUCGAUGUCUCACUACCUGUUCGCGUGAACUGUGUUGUUGUUAAGUUUAAAAUAAACUUUCUCAAUUUUUGUAUCUAA